AUGGACCCAGUGCCCACCUACUACCCCAACCCCAACGCUGGCGUGGGGAUGCCACUAGUGAUGCGGCCUAUGGUAGAUGGGCAUGGGGGUAGUCGCUGGCCAAAUGGGCAUGGGGGAACCAGCAGGCCAGAUGAGAAUGGGGGCACCAUCGGCCAGAUGGGCAUUGGAGCUAUUGGCCAGAUGGACAUAGGAGCAGCUGGCGCUGGCGGCUUCGAUGUUGCUGCACCGGAGAGUAGGCCGUCCUCGAUGGUGUUGCAGAAGGAUGAGCAGGCUAAUGUCGCUGAGAUCUCAUCGAUAAUGUUCGUGACCGGCCCAGGGUCCGCGACCACCACCAUAGAGAUGGAUGGCAUAUGGAAGUACAAGUACUAA